UCCAACCUGAGCCAUACUCUCAUCCUCCUUCCUCACCCAUCUCAUCCAACCUGAGCCUGCUCAUAUUGUUCUCGAGCCUCCCCCCAUCCCCGCUCCUCGUCUCCCCCUUCUCCCAAGCGGAGGGGUAACCUUUUUUACUAGAUCUUUCAUACUAUCUGCCCCGCGCCUCCCCCGCCCACCCACCGUCCCUCCGCUAUUCCGUCAGCCAUCGUGUACCAAGUCGCCCUUCUCCGUCUCACCUGUCCGUCUCGUCCACAGGUCUACCUCUCCCUCCCCCCUUUCAUUUAAAGAUCCACUAUGUCGUACAUGUACGGCCCCAGCGCCGGUGCCCCCAGCGCCAUCGUCACCCUCGCCCCUCCCCCUCCCCCUGCCCCCACCAACCCGACGCCCAAGCAAGCUUCGUCCGGUCCCAAUGGCGUUGAGCGAACGCGGCGUACUCGCCGCCGUUAUGAGGAGAUGUCUAGGGAUUACAAAUGUAAUUUCCCGGGGUGUCCGCGCGGUUAUUCCACACUCAAUCAUCUCAACACCCAUGUCCAUAACAAGGUGCAUGGGCCCAAACGACGGCCAGCCGAGUUCGCCGAGCUGCGCGCCAGGCUGCGCGCCCAGGCGCGCCAGGCGCAGACGGAGGCGGCAAACAAGAGCUAUGUCUCUUCAGUGACAGCCAUAAUGGCCGGCGGUCCCACGGCCUCGGCCCCAAUGGACGGACACCGUCCCCGCGUCCCUCCUGUGACCGUCCCCGGGGCGCCGUACAACGUUCCCGCCUCUGUUUACCGGUCACACGUCGACCACUAUAUAUACUCUGCUCCGGCCAGCGCCAAUCUCUACUCUGCUCAGGCCAGCGCCGCGUACCCUCCGACAACGGCCAUUGGACCGCAGUCCGAGUUCAGCUACUCCCUGUCGGGCUACCAGCACCAUGCCCGCGGCCAACCGCAGGGAGAACAGACCGCAUGGAACCCGACAUACACCAACAGUUACAGUGCCCCGGACGCGUUCGGGCGUCCUCAGUACGCGAUGGACCCACAGUAUGGGCACUACUCGCAUCCCAACUACACCUACCAGCAGGCGGACUCGGUGCAAGCCGAGUAUCCCCCGGCAACCGCCUGGACGCCUACCAUGGUGUCGCACCCCCCCGCCCCGGCGCUGCCGCAACUCCCCGCCCCGGCGGCGGCCACGGCCACCACCUCCGGUGGAGUGUCCCAGCUACCCGCCACUGCAACGGCCACCUCCCCUGCCUCAUUUGUCUCCCCCGCUUCCUACGGCUCCCCCGCCUCGUACGCCGGUGGACCGUCGCAGAUCCCCGUCGCCAACACGACCAUCUAUUCUGACUCCUAUGGCAGCGGACCGGCGCAGCUCGCCUCCCGCGCCCCGUCGCCGCCGCAUGCCAGUAACUGGCGCGACGGUCCCGACAAUUUGCAGUCGAGCAUGUCGUUCUCCCUCACGGGCGAGCACUACCAGUCGUUUGCGACUCCGCCCCCGUCGGGCACCGCUUCGGGCUCGGCUUCUGGAUCCACCAGCGCAUCGCCCGACGGCUACGCGCCGGGCAUUCUCACGCGCACGCGCGGAUCUGACGCGUCAUCCGACACCCGGCCCACAACUGUCCAGACCCCGACGGACGCGUACCGUCUUAAUAACGGCAGUACUCCUUUGGAGUCUCCUAUCAGCGGGCCAGUGUGUAUGCCGUCCUCCUCAUCCAAUGCCGAGUAUGAUUUCCAGCGCGACAUGUCGCGGUUUUUCCCAGGUCCUUCGACCUCAUACGAUCCGAAUCAGUGAUUCACGUCAGCAUGGAGUUACAAUGUACCACUUUC